GAGCUCGGAGCUGCCAUGGAUCCACCUUCACAGAGAUGCUGCGCCUCCUCGCACAGCUGACCGGGAACACAGACACCAUUAUGAAUGAAAAGAAGACUGACUCUAACCCGUAACCCUGGCUGUUUACAUACUCCCUCAACCUAAAGUCAUCAUGGAGAAGUCCCUGGCAGAGCUCAACAAAGCGGGCUCCCGCUCGACGUCGUCACUGCCGCCUGAACCAGUGGACAUCAUUCGAAGCAAGUCAUGUUUCCGCAGAGUCAGGCUGAAUGUCGGGGGUCUCCCACAUGAAGUCUUGUGGCGAACGUUAGACAGGCUGCCGCGGACACGUUUGGGGAAGUUGAGAGAUUGCAACUCCCAUGAAUCUCUGAUGGAAGUGUGCGAUGACUACAAUCUGGAGGAGAACGAGUACUUUUUCGAUCGACAUCCGGGGGCGUUCACCUCAAUUCUGAACUUUUAUCGCACGGGUAAACUUCACAUGAUGGAGGAAAUGUGCGCCCUGUCAUUCAGUCAAGAGCUCGACUACUGGGGCAUCGACGAGAUCUACCUGGAGUCGUGUUGUCAGGCGAGGUACCACCAGAAGAAGGAGCAAAUGAACGAGGAGCUCAAAAGGGAGGCGGACAACUUAAAAGACAGAGAGGGAGAGGAAUUCGACAACACCUGCUGUGCUGAAAAACGGAAGAAACUGUGGGACCUUCUGGAAAAGCCCAGCUCAUCUGUGGCAGCAAAGAUCUUGGCCAUCAUUUCUAUCCUCUUCAUCGUCCUGUCUACCAUCGCCCUGUCCCUGAACACCCUGCCUGAGCUGCAGGGCACGGAUGAGUUUGGCCAAUCAACAGACAACCCGAAACUGGCCCAUGUGGAGGCUGUGUGCAUCGCCUGGUUUACCAUGGAGUACCUGCUUCGGUUCCUCUCCUCGCCCAACAAAUGGAAGUUCUUCAAGGGUCCUCUAAACGUCAUUGACCUGUUGGCUAUUCUACCCUACUACGUCACCAUAUUUCUGACAGAGUCCAACAAAAGUGUGUUGCAAUUUCAGAACGUCCGGCGUGUUGUUCAGAUUUUUAGGAUCAUGCGUAUCCUUCGUAUCCUGAAGCUGGCUCGUCACUCCACAGGUCUUCAGUCUCUGGGCUUCACACUUAGAAGGAGUUACAAUGAGCUGGGCUUACUCAUCCUUUUCCUGGCAAUGGGCAUCAUGAUCUUUUCAAGUUUGGUAUUUUUUGCUGAGAAGGAUGAGGAGGAUACAAAAUUUAAAAGCAUUCCAGCUUCUUUCUGGUGGGCUACUAUUACAAUGACUACAGUAGGUUAUGGGGAUAUCUACCCUAAAACUCUCUUGGGAAAAAUUGUGGGAGGAUUAUGCUGCAUAGCUGGAGUGCUUGUGAUUGCCCUACCUAUUCCCAUCAUUGUAAAUAACUUUUCUGAAUUCUACAAGGAGCAGAAGAGGCAAGAAAAAGCACUUAAAAGAAGGGAGGCCCUGGAGAGGGCGAAAAGAAAUGGUAGCAUCGUUUCAAUGAACCUGAAAGAGGCGUUUGCUCGCAGUUCAGAACUAAUGGAUGUUGUGGUGGAGAAAAGUGAGAGGCCACAUGACAAUCACCUCUCUCCAAGCCGUUGGAAAUGGACUCCCAAGAGGGCCACCUCUGAGACAAGCUCCAACCGCUCUUUCAAUGCACAGGAGUUAGGCUCUCCCAGCAAGGCUCGAGACACCAGUCCCCAGAGGUUAAAUGUUCAGAAGCUAGAGGAGAUGUACAACCAGAUGGCAAAGACACAGUCACAGCCAAACCUCAAUGCUAAAGACAAGAACUCAAGAGUGGGUAAACAAAGGGACGAAAUUGAACUGGGAGCCAUCCAAGAUCACGGGCCACCUGUGCUAGGAACCAGAGAGGGAGUCGGGGACAUGAAAAGCUUAUCGAGCAUUGACAGCUACAUCAGCUGUGCGACAGACUUCCAGGAGAAUCCCCGUUUCCUCCACAGCCCGGGGAUGGACCUUGGUCUUCAGGAAAGCAACCGCUUUUCAUUCAGUACAGCUUUGUCCCAUCAACCUGCUGUAAAAACAGGUCAGCAAACCACAGGAGACCGUGACCCUGUGUUCACUCCUGUGUCUGUCACAAAGUCCUCAUGUCCAGAGAACACAAGGAAAUUCUUUUUCUCUGGAAAUUCCUCAAAAAGCCUUAUCCCCAAAGGAGGCAGCCGCAGCGAUGCAGAUUCAGGACCAUCCCCACUUUCGGACAGCUCAGUGGUGUCAGACCACUCUCUGUUAAGCCCUGAGCUCUCUGUCUACACUACUGCCAGUAGCCGAACCCCGCCAAAAUCUCCAGAAGGGAUCGCCCUCGCCCCGACAGUCUUCACCUUCCACGACUCCUCCAUCAGCAAAUACAUAGACGCUGAUACAGAUGAUGACGAGCAUCUCCGUGACAUCUCUGACACCAGUCCCUCAGAGCGUCUGCUGGCUGGUGGAAGCCCAAAGCGCAGCAUCAAUAUAAAUUACCAGCGGGGCUCCAACCAUUUAGAAGCAGCCCAGAAAAUGCUGGGACAGAACUGUCUGUUCCCCCUGGAAGGGAUUCGUGGGAUAGCUCACGAGAAUCACAUAGGACCUGAGGUGGCACGUAGACCAAAGGUUGAAAGGGGGCGUCAAAAUACUUUGGAUAAAAGCCUCUGAGGCGCGAGUGAAACAGAAAUAAACAGGAAGCUGGAGACAGAGUGUUUGUGACAGAGACACUGAACAGGCCAAAACACUCUAGAAGCGAAGCCAGAGACAAACAAAAACGGUCUCACGGAAACAUUUCACAAAACACCUGAGCUUGCCACUGGGUAAUAAGCUCCAGGGGAACAUGUGUGGAGAAUACUCUGGGAGAAAAACAUUUCUAAAUUGGAGAAUGUCACUGCCCCUUCUUCAGCUCAUUCCUAUUAGUGGUAUUCCAUAUCCACACAGCGAAAGAGCACUCCCAAGCAGGCAAUGGGUCUGUUCAGAGAAGCAGAGCUGCCACAGAAAAUCAGCCGAGGUGAUAACUGAUGUAACCCAACACAAAAUGAUGGCUUUUAACUGCA